UGAUCACGAGGCAUGGCACUUGCGUAUAUACACACACAGGGGAAUUCCAUUUAUUAACCAGUGGCUGUCAUAUUCACCUGUGGGAAUUAUUCACAAAGAUUGAAGAUCACCUAAAAUACGAAUGAAUAUGAAUCAGGGACAGGCAACUGAAAGUACAAGCGGUAUCAACCUGGGGUCCACUGUUCCACACUUUGGGAACAAUGUCACGCAGGCCAUCAGAGUUGUGGAUUUAGAAAAUCAAGUGGCUGUUCGACAAGAAGAAAUUGACAUCCUAAAGCAGAAGUUGCUCGGAUUGGAAGCAGACAUUUUGAUCAAACAAGAAGCUUUGACAAAAAUAGCAGAACAGGAGCAAGAAAUAAAAAUACUGAAAGAAAUCGCUUUAGAGAAGGAAAAGUGGCGUGAGCAGGCUACUGGUCUCAGUCAAGACAAUGAUCGCCUGCGGCAAGUUAAUGAAGAUCUCACGAUGGAAACCAGAAGACAACGUCAGACAAUAACCCAACUCCAAGAAAAGUUGAUGUUGAUGUCCACUAUUCUGGACCUGAGGAAUACAGAGCUGCAACAGGAGAAGGACAACAAGCUCCGGCUGAAGAGAAAGCUGCACGUGCUGUCUACGGCUGAAGAAACCGUGGAGUGUCGUGGCCGAUUUCGGCGUCAGUCCCUGAAGGAUUGCCCGCGAUGUCAUGCUGCAAUUUCAGCGACCACUAUCUGCAGAUACCACCCAAAGACACCAGUCAAAUUACAUGGGACAUUUUAUUUCCCCUGCUGUGGACUGUCCGGUAAAUCAGAACCAGAGGGGUGUCAGAGCAGCAGUCAUCAUCAAAUGGGUUUUGGCACAUGAAACAUUAGACACUCUUUGCCAUUUCUGUUUUCAGUUUCCCAAAGCUCAAUUCAGCAUUUAGAAUGGUUCCGAAUACAUGAAACCAAUGAGCUCAAUAUUCUCAUAAGAAUUAUUGACUUUAUAUACCAGAAGGUUGUCUUGGGUAUCACAUGUAGAUAUGAAUAUACAGAAGCAGCAUCUGCCUUAUACCAAUACAGGUAUUUAUUUUAUCAGAUACAUCAUAGUGAUGUCACAGAUUUAAUGAACCAAGGAUAAUGAUGUAUUAGAUUAUAAAAGGUUCACUAGCAUGUAUUUUGCCGUCAAAGGCACUUUGUAUAUAUAUGUGUGUGUGUAUAUAUAUAUAUGUGUGUGUGUGUAUUUUGCCGUCAGAGUCACUCUAUAUAGUGCAUAAUAUACAUAUUAAAACGAGAAUAUGUAUAUAUAUAGAGAAAUGUAUAUAUAUAUAGAGAGAGAGAAACUAUAGAGACUAUAAACUCUAUAUAUAGAGAGAGAGAAACAUUUAUACACUGUAUAUAUUAAGGAAUCCCUGUCUAUUUUUCCAUUCGCUGUUAUGCAUUUUCCAUUGUAGUUUAUCACCUCGAGUUACUCAAAAAGCCUAGACAGUGAUUCCUUAUAUUUAUAUUUGAAAUGAAAAUGGAAGUAAAAAAUCGACAUGUCAAAACUACUUGAAUACACAUGGCAUUUCAUGUAAAUCUACAUAGUCCCUGAUCUUUGAUUUACUUGCAAGUGAACAAUUUUACAUCCAGUUGUAAGUUGUGGGGAAAUGAACACAUUGGGGCUUGAAAGGGUUGUCACAGAGAAACGGUUAAAAUGAGAGUAUUCAUUAUUCAACAUGUUUGUAAUGCUAUUCAGAUUUAGAUGUACACCUUAUUCAGUUUUGCCUAUUGCCAGCUAUUUAUUUUGACUUACAAGUCUUUCAUGUAUCCUGUGAACUUUUAAUUCUUGGUACACUACAUGUACUUAAUCUAAUUAACCAUGUACUCGUUAUUCUGCUGUUCAUGCUACUUUGCAGAUUUUGAAUGUGUGAGAAUGUUUAUAGAACAUACCAGUAGCUGUGGAAGCAACUCGUGAAUACGAAAUUCAUAACUUUUUUUUUUUUUUUUUUUUAUAAUUUAUUUAUUUUUUUGGUUACAUACAAUACAUCAAACACUUACACAAACAUACCUUUCAUACAUGCAUACAUCUCCCUGUGGUUUAGGUUACUUGCUGUACAAUAGUGAAAGUAAUAAUAAUAACAAUAAUACAUGUACUAAAAAUAAUGACAAGUACAUGUAGUAAUAAUUAAUCAAUUGCAAAAAUAUUUUCCCACUUCAUCCAUAUUUUAUCAAAGUUAUGUAUUUUAAAUGCUUGAAUUGCAUAUUUAAACUUUAAGUGACAUAGUAAUCCAACAAGAUUUGGUUCUUUAUUCUGCAUUAAACAGAUAAAUAUGUAUUGUUUAGCAUAUAGAAUUAUAAAGUUUAUAGCUUUAUUAUUUAAAGACAGUGGAAUUUCACCAAAUAUUAUAUUUGACACAUUAAAACCAAUUCUUUCUGAAAUUUUUCUAUAUAUAUGAAGACUUAACUCACUCCACAAUGUUUGGGUCUUAUUACACGAAGUAAAAAUAUGUGUUAUUGUUUCAAUAUUACUUGUACAAAAUCUACAGAGAUCAUCUGUUUUAACACUGUUUUUCAAAUAAUAACCAACAGGAAGAAUUCUAUGUAAAAUUCUAAACUGUAGCCACUGAACAGAAGAAUCACUAGAUGUUUUGAAACAAAUUUUAAACACAUCUUGCACUGAAAUAUCAUCUACUCCAUAUGAAGAUAGUUCAGUUUUCCACUUGCCCAUAGAAGUUGGGAUAUCUUCUUUUGCAUUUAAAAUAUUGUAAAUAAUAUUAGAACAUCUUUCAUGUAAUAAAACUGGUUCAAAAAAUAUAGGCAUACAUGGAUUAACAUUUUGUUUGGUUGAGUGUCUAUCAAUUGACAGACAUUUUAAAUAUUUUGAAAUUGCAGUAAUAAUGCUAUUGUAUUUCAUUACACAUACUUCUUGAAGAUUGUAUAAACACUGAAAUUUUUCUAUGGUAUGGAAGUUACAAUCAGUAUCAAAAAAAUCUUGAACAGCUUUAAUCCCCUUUUCAUACCAUUUCUCAUAAAACACAGGUUUUCCCGCAAUUCUAAUAUUAGAAUUGUACCACACUGGAAUAUUAUGAAAAUUAUUUUUAAUAUUUGGAAGAUUUUGACUAGUCUUCAAAUAAAAAAACCAAGCAUUAAAAACAUCCUUCCAAAAAACAUUGCUUUUAACACAUAAUUGUUCCACAAUAAAACAAUCUCCAAAGUCAUAUAAUUUCUUUAAAAUAUCAUUUCCAUACAUGGCAAAAAAAAUAUUCAUCCAUGGUUUCUGACAGUUGGACCUAGUAAACCUUUUAAUCCAAGAGCAUUUCAAUGAUGUAAUAAAAUUGCUUAUAUCAACCAUCUUGAUACCACCCGAUAGAUAGUCUUGUGUUAUCACAGACCUCUUAACUUUAUCUACACUAGAUUUCCAUAGGAAUUCAAAAAUAAUUUUGUAUAAAUAAGAGAUUGUUUCUUUCUUUGGAGUAGGAAGUGAUAUAAACAAAUGAUUCAGUUUUAGAAUAAGCAAGGUUUUAAUGACAGUAGCCCGCCCAAUGGGAGUAACCAGUGGAAAAGAAGGAUUCUUACUCCCGAAAUUCAUAACUUAUUUAUCAAACGAAAGCUGCCCAAUACCAGAGAAUAUAUAGUGCUCAGUAUUUGCUCACAUACCGGUGCAAUGUAAAUAUACAUUGCUUUAUUUUGAUACAGUAUUGUUUAUUUUUAUUUGUACUGUAUUGGUGCUUGCCAUGCUUUUCAUGUACACAACUGUAUGUUGUUCAUGAGAUCUAAAAGGACCCUUUAUCUUUUUUCUUCUUUUUUAUUUUGAUAAAGAAAAAGGCACACUUUCGAUGUUCCCUUUCUUUACGAGGAAUGUCAAUAAAAAGAGAAUUUAUGAUUUGU